AUGAGAAAAACUACCAUCAUCACCAUGAGAAACACAGCGGUGGCUAUCUUUGUGGUUUGGGCUUUCGGUUCACUUAAUAUCCUCACACGAGUUAUUCUACUGUUGGAUUUUCCAUUUGAAGACCUGGAGAGCCUGCAGAUGAAAGACUUUUGUGCCAAAGUUAAUAUACUUCUCGGCCAAAUGUCUGUUCUUUAUGAUAAAGGCUACACUUAUUUUCUGUUUGUUUCAGCUGGUGUUGCAAUCAUUUGUUCAUAUAUUGGUGUGAUGAUAGCAGCCAGGUCGGCCUCCACAGACAAAGCUUCAGCCCAAAAGGCUCGUAACACGCUGCUGCUGCAUCUGUUGCAGCUGGUUCUUAGUCUCUCCUCAACCAUACAAAACCCGUUACUCACAGCGUUCUCAAAGGUCCUAGACAGAGAAACAUUAGUGCGCAUCCAACUCUACCUUUAUGUGUUUAUUAUCAUCUUCCCAAGAUGUCUGAGUUCUCUCAUCUAUGGAAUCAGAGACCGGACCAUCAGACUUGUGUUCGUAAAACAUCUUUGCUGUCAGUGGAGACGCUCACGUUUUCAAUGA